CUCAGUUGUUCGCGGGACGUCGAGUAAUAAAAUUGUGUUUGCUCUGGCCUUUAACGUUCUGCCAACCUACGCCGAAAGUGUACAUGCCCACGCACGCACGCACACACGCACACACACACACACACACACGCGCGCUCACGCAUAUGAGUUUACACAUAAGCAAACUGAGAUACGAAGGGUAAACUCGGGCGAGGGAGGACGGGAUAAAGGGGUGGCGAAUUUGUUGUACGAUAAAAUAUUUCGGACUUUGGAACGGUCGGCAUUGGUUUGAAAUCGCGCUCUUUUUUUUUUUUGUUUUUUUCUUCUACAAAAAAAUUGACAAAAAAUAAUUUUCGAAAAAAAACAUUAAAAUAACGAGCAGCGAGAUACUUUUUGUCGAAUAUUAAUACUAAUACGCAGUAGAACAAACAAAUGGACAAACAAAUGUAAAUCACAAGAAAAACAAACACUGACGGGUGGGGGUAAAGAACAGUGGCAACAAGAGAAAUACGAUACAAAGUGAGGCACAAACUGGCCCUCGGGAUAAUUGAAGGGAGGAGGAAAAUGUUAAUUAAAUAAACACGCUUACUCCUGCGAAGUGGAAAGCGGAAGAGGGAGGGGAGGGGAGGGGGAGGGGCAAGGGUGAGGGAAAGGGAAAGGGAAAGAGCAAGGUAAAAAGCUGCAGAAAAAGGGAAGCGGGGAAGGAUUAAACUUCGGCAUGUUUUAACCGCAAUGGCGCAACGUUUUAUUAUUUUUAUCAUUAUCAUUACCAACGGACUCCUUUGCGCGGACACGGUGAGCGUCGCACGCUUCGACGGUAGCGGAAUUCAGCAAUUCUCAUCCGGGGAGGAUUUUCGAAAGUCUGCGGGAAUCGGGAGUUCGGAUCCGGAGUUUGACCCGAGCAUGGUGACGAACGUUACGAGUCCAGCGGGCCAGACGGCCUACCUGACUUGCCGUGUUAAAAAUUUGGGCAACAGAACGGUUUCGUGGGUGAGGCACCGGGACAUUCACAUUCUAACAACCGGGAGUUACACUUACACGAGUGACCAGAGGUUCCAGGCUAUCCGAGGGGCGGAGGUGGUCGGGACCGACGCCGGUUCGCCGAACCGUAAGGUGUGGUCGGAAUGGACCCUCUGCGUGAAAUGGGUUCAGGAACGGGACUCUGGUUUGUACGAAUGCCAGUUGUCCACCGCGCCCGUAACCUCGCACGCCUUUCGUCUGAACGUCGUCGUUCCAACGGCGAAAAUUUUGAGUGCUCCAGAUCUCUACGUGGACGCUGGGAGCACUUUAAAUCUGACGUGUGUCGUCGAAUUGAGUCCCGAACCACCGGACUACAUUCUCUGGUUCUACAAUCAAAAGAUGUUGAACUACGAUAGCCCGAGUAACGGGAGGUUCAUUUACACGGCCAAAGGAAACGACGUAACGACGUCGGGACUUCUGAUAAAAUCAACGGAUCAAGAGGAUUCCGGCGAAUAUAGCUGCAGGCCGAGCAACGCAAAAACGGCCAGCGUUCGAGUGCACGUUUUAAACGGCGAACGCCCAGAGGCGAUGCAAACUGGAGGGACGACUGUACCGGUUUUAAGUCUUCUGCUAAUUAUACUGUCAUCUUCCAGCAACGGCUUUAGCUAAAGGAAGGUAAAAUUCGGCGUCUCUAACAGUGUCUUUUUUUUAUAAUUACUCUCACUAUUCAUCAGCUGUUAUGAAUUCCUCUGAUUAUUCACACAUAUUUCGAACCGAGUCUGCAAUUUUCGUUUCAACCCUUUUUUAAUGAUUCUUCUCACUAGGCUUCAUUAAUUUUUACUUGAAAUUUUGUUAGUUAUAUUUAGUCUCGUUCUUUCCUCAUUGUCUAUAUUUUUCUCCAGAGAUCGUUACAUAAGAACAUAAAUGGAACCCGAGACCUCCUGGGGAGGUAAUUAAAAUGUCUCCGUUAAUUAAGAGGAUUGUUUUUCACUCUGUACAGUCACAUAUUUUCCAUUUUAUUUAUACUUUUCUUUAGCUCUUCCUUUAUUUUUCUUUUCAUUUUUUCCGUCACUUCGGGAAGAAAUCUCCUCGCGUAAUUCGCGUUUUUCUUUUACUGCUCGUUGAGGGCGAGAGCAGAUUUGUUUGUUUGUUUGUUUGUUUUUUUUUUUUUUUUUAUAGUUUUAUCAAUCUACUAAACACGAUCUCGCGAAAGCAAACAAAUCGAACCUAUUCUUUCUCACCGCUAUAUUGUAGCUACGAAAGAAGAGAAGUUGGAAGAAAAAGAAGGAAUUUAUUCCUCCUUUCUCAUCUCCUCAUCCAACCGCACGAUCUACUGGUGGGAACAAUUUAUCAUCCGCUAAGAACAUCUAGGAUUAGGUGAUACAAGCUCUCGAAACUGAUCGCUGUAGGGAGUGAAAAUUCAAAAUUUCUUCUCCUUUUAUUUUUUUUAACGAAACAUUUUCGAUAAUCAUAUUCGCCUUGUACAACAGUUUCAGUUCAAUUUUCGCUGAAUUCAGGGCAUUGAAAUUUUUAAAUGUCGAAGAAUCAAUGUCGGCAUAUAUCAUGUCGCUGGAGAAUUAUUUGCACACCCAAGGGAAUAUGAAAAAAUUAUAUUUCUAUCGUGAGAGUGUUUUCUUGAUUUUAUUCACAAGCCAAUGUGGAUCGGAUGGCCGAGUGUCCUUCGAUCUGCGGAAGUCUAAAAUAAAAUUUUCGACCAAGGUUAAAGACGUCUCUCGCUUCGCUAGCGUCACCAAAUGUACAAUCUUUUAUAUUUGAUUAAACCUUCCCCUUAGAAUUGGAAUAAAAUAUCGCCGUCUUCGUUCACCCUUUUAGUGAUAAUCGUUAGUGGCUCAUGUUCCGCCCCACUCGUUUCGUCCUUUGGGUUUUUUCUCCUUCCUUUUUCUUCGCUUUUCGUCAUCAAUGAUUUCACCGCACCUCAUUUUUCACUCACCGAGAACGAUGGAUAAAUGAAUACGUGUAUCAAAAUCGCGACAGAGGACUAGAACUGAUUCAUCAUCACCGUCUCUGUAAGCUGGAUUAAAAUAAAAUAGAAUAGAAUUUCAUAAAACGAUUAACUGUAAGUGUUUUUGUAAAUCCUUCAAACGAGUUAAUCGAAAAUGUACACCGUUAAAUAGGCUACCAAUCCACAUAAGUAAUACCAAAACUAUAAUAUACGGACGAAAUUUUCCCUGUAAAUAAACGAAACUUAUACA